ACCGGACAGAUAUAUAUCUAGAUUUUAGAUUGCCUACGUCUAACCAUGAUAGGAUAAAAAAGGUGCUAAGGCUGCCUCAGAGGCGUAGUGGACGAGCGUAUAUCUAAGCGAUCAACCUCCCAUACUACCUAUUCGAACUCCACGCCAUUCGCACUGAACAAGGAGAGACAGUGAGGUCCUAAAGGUCGAUUAGUGUGACAAAGAUCCUUCUCGGUAUGCCUAAAGCAAAGAAGACUAAGAGCCGUCGGCAUCGAAGGGGGGCCAAGUCUAAUUCCGCUCCUAAUGCUCCUAGCACUAGAGGACGAGAACUCGAGCGGAUCCUGGAUAUCCCGGGCUCAGAGCUUGCAUCCUAUAUUAAACAGUUGGUGCGGGCAAAGGAGCGUCGCGUCAAUAUCCACGAUGAGGUUUCCAUUGACGACAUGCUGUCUAUGCAGGUGAAGAUAAUCGAGUCUACUUUGAGGAGGUUACUACGCGAUCGAUAUCCCCAAAGUCACACUGCUGUUGAACCGAAGGAUCUACAGAUCGCUAUUCUAUCCCGCCUUAUCUUUGCAAAGCAGGAUACAAUCCUAAUCGCACAGACAGGCUUCGGAAAGAGCUUGAUAUAGAAGAUCGCUGUUAGGAGGCCUCGAAUCUUCGUAACCUGCUACUAC